CAUUCUCCAAUCUAGAGUAUGAUACAAGCAUAAAAGCCAUAACACUGUAUCAUUGAUACAUUGUGUGUUGGACAUAGUUACCGAGUCCUCUGUGUCUCUUGUUGGAAAACAUUUAAUUAUAUCGAGAUAUCGGUUGUGUUCGCAGGAAAGAUUCUUCGCUAGAGAAAGUUGCUUUAACUGUACUUUGCUUUUGCUGUAACUUGCACAAUUCAUGAAACUGACACCAUUCUCUUGAUCAUGACUGUACCUAAGAGUAUAUACUGAUCAGAUUCACGAAUAUUAUAACAGUUGCCAAGCUGCUUUGCUUUUGUAAAAUUCGUAAAUCUGAUUGGUAUAUACAGUUAAAUUCAACCAAAAUAAAAGGCAUAUAGUAAUCAUACUGACGAAUUUUAUAACAGUUACAAAGUAACUUUCUCUGUUGAAUAUAGCCAUUGUCGUUUAGUGCAAAAUUGACUAUAUUUAUGCUUAAAAAGAAGAAGAACUAAAAGAACAAUAAUUUUAAAAUCUGACAAAGAAACAGGAGACUCUUCUCAUUAUAAUUAGUUAUUAACAUAUUUUUCGAAAGAAAAUGUUCAUCAAAACUACAGACGAAUUACAACGCGAGUCAGCAUUAGUUCCGACAACGGGAGUGGUUAAAAGUUCCCGCAGUUUCGAAGACACCAUAAAACCUAGCGACGAAUUUUUGCUAUUUUUCAAAAUAUCAUACAUGUGUUUUAAAGAUCCAGAUAUAUUUUUGGAAGGAAUCAAGACAUUAUAUAUAAAAAUGGACAGAUUGUUUCAUAAAGUAAUUAACUCGCAAGACACAAAAUUUGAAGAUGUUAUAACUCUUGCAUAUAUUUAUCAACAUAUAUGUCUUGUAUACGUGAAGUCAGGUCAGCCAGAAAAGCUACCUGCUGCUAAAGACUCCAUUCUGCGCUGUUUAUAUUUGAUAAAAGAUAAAGAGGCGGAUCCCAAAAUUAUUUUGCUGACUUUAAAAGCAUAUAGCCAUUUAAGUUAUAUUUAUCAUAAAGAACAGUAUAUGAUGGAUGCUAUAAAAGUACUUGAUAAAGCUAUAGCUUUAUAUUUGAUGUAUAUGGAAGAACAUAGCGAGUACGAUAUUCCCAUCGAUUAUGAAGAUAUUAUUAUUAAACCAUUUAAACAAAUAAAUGGUUAUUCGAAAUUAAAAUCUUUAUAUGAAUACAUUUUAGAAAAAUCAAUAGACAUAAAUAUUUAUAGAGACGCAUUUUAUAAAAAUCAAUAUACAUAAAAAGAUGACAUAAAAAAUAAUGAAAGUUUUAUGCUAUCUCGUCAUUUGCUUUUAGUCGAGGAAUUGAAUUGUUUACAAACAACUAAGGAAUAUGAACAAUGGAUUAAAAAAAUAAUGACAGUAUAUGAUUAUUUAAUCAUGUAUAACCGUUUCGCAGAAGCUAAAAGUUACAUUGAUCAAAUAUAUAUUGUACAAAAAGCCAUAAAUGCAAAAUAUAUUGAUACUAAGGAAGAGGCAUCUCCUUCGGAAAUAUCCAUGUCAGCUAAACAAAGGAUAGCCAUGACUAAAUUAAUUGUUUUGUGCUACAUGAGGUACAGUGUUGCGUUAUUCCGUCAGUCGCUGGAACGACUGCUACGGUUUGAAAAAAACGAAGAUUCUAAGGCAACAACUCAACAACUAAAUAUCCAUCGAAAUCGAACGAACGGGCAUCGCGGAGAUCACUAGUAUUCACUCUAAAUAAGAAAGCGUAUUUCGACAAAAAUACGCACCGUUAUAUGUAUCCGUUUACGUACAUAUUGAGUUAUAACAAAGCUCAGAAACAGUUUAUUAAUACUCUGAACAGAAUUUAUAAUUUAAACCUAUAUGUUACGCCCAUCGAUUUAAACUUCUUUAUUUCAAUUAUAUUAUGCUUUUCUAACAUGUAUAGAUAUAUGGCAUUCUAUGAAAAAGACACAAUCAGUCGGUUUUUACUACAAGAGCAACGUGUAGAAAUUUUAAAGCAGGCUGCAACUAUUUUAAGAUAAUAGAAUAAUUGUAAAUUACUGAGACUUUUACAACUUCAACUAAUAAUUGCUUAUUCUACCCUGAUAGACAUGAAACUAGAAGAUACAGAGGCAGCUCCUCCACCUCAUCUGUCCCAAAGACAUGAUACUCUUACUGAUGAAAUUAACGUUCUAGUAGCGAAGGGCUUAACAUUCCUACAAAGAUAUAUGCGUUAUAAACAGUCACAACGGGGUGAUGUUGAAUGUCUCAUUCGGCACAAAAUGAUAGUAAUGUUAUAACAAAUUGCUGAGCAGACUUACGAAUAGUGAUUCACACCGAUGAUAAUUUAAUAUUAUCAAGAUCUAGCUUCGGAAAAGAUGUGUUCAAACCGCUAUGCAAAUGAGUAUAUAUUAAAGCUUAUGCAGUUAUCGUUGAAAUUGACGAAUUAUUAGAGGUGGGUUUAAUAAAUUUAAUUUUGUAUAUGAAAUCUUAUUACAAUAGAUAAUAAAUUUCACGACAGACCAAAUUCCUUCGAACAUUUUCGAUUUAUUUUGGUCCACUCAUUUUUUAACCUAAUAACAAAAUUGUAAAAGUGCGCACUUUGAUAAUUUGACUUUGUAACAUUUUGCGUUGUUUGUAAGAGAAAAGGAGAUUUUGUACGUAUAUGGACAAAGAAAAUGUAAAAAACGUUAAAGAUUUAAUGCGCAAAUAAAAUAAAAUAUAUUAUGGAUCACAGCA